UAGGUGCCGUUCCUUUUCCCUUUCCCCGCGACGGAUUUUGAGGACUCGCCCGCCGCCGCCCGCUCCCGCCUGCGGGGAGCCGAUCCCGCGCCUGAGCGCAGCCAUGUCGAUUCGUUCUCUCGUCGCCUCCAGGCUCGCCAGGUCCGGCCACGCCCUCCCCGCGGCCACCGCCGCGACCAUCUCCCAGGCGCCCAGGGCCCAGCACGCCGCGUCUCCGCUGCUCUCGGGGACUCGUGCUUUCAGCUCAAGGGCUCUAUGGAAGGGGGCGUUCGUCGAUGCGUUCCUGCAAAGAAUUAAGAACAAUAGGGAGAAUCUGAACGGCAGGAAGAUCUGGUCCCGCAGGUCCUCCAUCCUGCCGGAGUUCGUCGGUUCCUCCGUGCUCAUCUACAACGGCAAGACACAUGUCCGUUGCAAGAUCACCGAAGGCAAGGUCGGCCAUAAGCUCGGGGAGUUUGCUUUCACGCGCAGACGGAGGCCUCAUCGGGCCAUCACGGGGAAGGCCGGCGGUCAAGGAAAGGGCAAGAAGAAGUAAGAAAAGGGAAUGUGCUGCGUCAAAGGUGAGAUUACGAUAUUGUUGUUAGAAAUGAAUUUGGAUAUCAGCUUAUAUAUACUGCACAAAGUUUACCCGCAGCAUUGUUUGUAAGGCUCUUUUGUUAUCCUGAAAUUUCCUUCCUUCAGUUGCAGGCGGAAAUUAUAAAGUGAAUUCUCCUUGCUGUGCAAUUGAGUUGUGAAUAGUGAGCUACAUCUCUUUGUAAACUGUAUGUGAUAUGUCAGACUAUGUAUGUGAUGUGCAUCUACGGUUGCAAAGAUCAUGGGGCCUUUCUAGACAAUACUUACUCUUUGUCACUUGCCCAGCUGUUUAUCUCACUUUGUUCAUAACUGUUGAGGUGGGUUCAAGGACGGUGGGAUGAGGGCGUAGUUGAAGCACAAG